AUGAUCGAGGUUCCCCGGCAUCUAGCUGUGGGCUGUUCUGGGACCGGGUUCAUGCGGACAAACAGCCACCUCCGAAUCGCACAGCACACGGCAGGCCCAACCCCACACACAGCUCCGGAGGGCACAGAACCAGGGGGCAUCACGCAGGACGUCAGCCAGCGCCGCAGCGCCGCCGCCGCCGCCGCUGCCGCAGCCGCCGUCGCCGCAACUGCGACCUCCCAAGCCCGCACGCACACAUCCCUGUUCCAGGCGCUGCUACUGCAUUCGUCCGCCGGACAUGUCGCCGCCGCCGUCGGCGCCAGACGAAAUUCGGCCCAGCUGCCCGCACUUGCCGGCCCGCCAGACGGCCCAGAUGCAGUCGUACUUGACUCCUGCCGCCGCUGCGCCGCCUUUUCUGCAUCGGACUUUUUGGCGGACGCGCCCGAUCUGGAGCUAGCGGGUGAGGAUCCGUACUGGCGGGACUGGCUGACGGCGCCGCCAGGGGACCUGAGCUCCAGCGGCGGCGGCGGCGGCGGCGGCGGCGGCGGUGGCAGUAGAGCCAUGAAGCAUGCGGCAGUUACGGGGGGCCCGGGCGAUGUACGGCGACAGCAAUGUCGGCGUGUGGGGUCCUUUUUGGGCGCUGUACGGAACAAUGAAGAGCUGGAGGCCUACCGACAGCGCAUCGUGCGAUAUGUACGGAGCCCGCAGUACAGGGCUCGGGCCGCCUCCAUCGCCCGGCCCUCCUCCUCCCCCCCCACCUCCCCCCCCACAUCGGUGUCCCGGGGAAUCCUGAUCAGCGCGGGUGGCGCCCGCUACACCGCCAACCUCAUCGUAACGCUCCACGUUGUACGACACCAUUGGGGCUGUAAGCUGCCUGUGGAGGUAGCCUGGCAGGGCCCGGAAGAAAUGGACAACGUCACGUGGGCCUCCCUGGAGCGACAUUUUGCUCCCAUUUGGGGUUUCGACGUACGAGCGGCCCCUCACCCGGUUCCGGAGCUGCAUAGCGCCAGCUUCCAGCCGACGUCGUACAGCGGGAAGGUGUACGCCCUGGCGCUCUGCAGCUUCCGAGAGCAGGUUCUCAUGUUGGACGCGGACUCACUGCCGCUGAAGAAUCCGGAAACACUCUUCGAAGAUCCACGAUUUGUAAAGCACGGCAGCCUCUUCUGGCCCGAUGCAUGGACAGCCCAGGCGCAUUCCUCAGUGUACGGCUUGUACGGCAUUGAUUACGGCAAAGCCCAGCGUGUGCUGUCCCAAGGCCUGGGUUUCGGUCGCCGCGACGCGGAAAGCGGUCAGUUGCUGUUUGACCGAGCUCGUCACCUGGACGUACUGGAGGCUCUCCUCAUGAUCAACCGUCAUCCCACCGCCAACCGGUUUCUGCUCUGGGGCGACAAGGACUCCUUCUCCCUGGCCUUCGCGGCGGUGGGUAAGGCGCACUGCUACAACCAGGUCUCCGCGCCACCAUCUGCCUACCUCCUCUGGUCGCCGGACAAACUGCUCACCAAGGCCACCAGCCAGCGGGGCCCAGGCUGGCUCUUGGGCGGCUUUGUACAACACCUGGAAGACGUGCCGUACGUGUACGGCAUGGACGAUACAGACAAUCGGCGGCAAGCACAGCUGCAGGGAGAAGGACCGGCGGCUCAGGCACAUCCGCGAUCCAGGGGGGACCUACGGGGAAUGUCCAGCCCUAGCGGCGAGAUGCACGGCGCCAACGCAUCCCGUACCUCCAGCGCCUCCGCCGCCGAACCAGAAAAGCCAGCGACAGCGCUGCCGCUGCCUCUGCCGCCGCUGCUGUCCAGCGACGUCCCGCGAGCGAAGUCCCCUGCUGUCGCCAUGAACAGUUCUCAAUCCAUACCUCCCACGCCCGUGACCGCCGCUGCCGUACGUUUGGCCGCGACGCCGUCUCAGCCGGAGGAACCAAUGGCGGGAGCAUCCUCCGCACUAACCUCCUCAUCGUCUCCCUCCUCCUCGUCCUCCUCCUGCGCCUCCUCCCCCUCGCCCCUGACCGGUCUGGUGUCCGCCGCCUUCUUGCAUCGAACCAUGGCCAAGCUCCGUGCAGAUGCAGAGCCCGCCCUGCUGCAGCUGAUCACUGCGCCAAUGACACAGAGGUGGGCGUCGUACUUCCUUGCCCACGACAAUCUGGGCCCCACUCGCGGUGUCCCGUGGGACUAUUGCGUUCCGGAAUCCGCGGUCGAGAUUGUGAAGGCCUCGGGAUCAGCGGGGUUGGAUUGGGCCGGCGGUGGGGGCGGCGGCGGGUUCGGCGGCAGGGGCGGCCCACCGGCGGCUGCGGCAUUACCUUCUGAUGGGAUUACGCCCGAGGCGAGCAGUAAGGCGCCCGGGCAAGCUCAAGGGCUAUGGACAUGGUUGCGACAGCGGAACUGGAGCGGGGGCGGGGGCGGCGGCGGCGGGGAUGAACAUGAGCCAGGUGGCGGCGGCGUUGGCUGCGACGGCCGCGGCAACGGCACGUGUCGGGUGCGGCGAUGGCGGCGGCCGCCACGUCCGCGGGAGGAGCCGCUGCCUCCGCCGCAGUUGCUUGGCGGCGACGGUAGCGAACAGGAACGUGGCGACGGCGCGUGUCCCUUGGACGAGCUGUACGACUACCUAAAGGCUGUAGAUUCCGGACUUCCUCUGGACCGACAUCCUCCACUGGAGGCCUUAUGCGCGAAUGAGGUCCACGACUACGUCGCCACUGCAAACGCUGCACUUGACCGCGCAGCAGCCGCGGCGCUGGCGGCGGCGGCGGCCGCUGCAACCAUCGGCGGCCGCCGCCCCGUCGAAGACCCGUCUUUCCUGGCCGCGUUCCGCGACACCCAAGCCGCCGGCCAGCUGAACCGGGUACCACUCCCCCGCUCCCCCGCUGCGGACUUUUAUCCGUACAUCGAGGCUAAGGUCAUCCGCGUGGCAUCGCCGCCGCGCCCGCUGCCUGCCGUACAGUACGACUGGCAGGACCCGUGGCCAUGUGAGACCGCGCCGUUUGUGUCCGCCAUACGGGCGUCGUACAUGGCGUACGUUUGGCUUCACGAGCACCAGCGGGAAUUCCCGAUCGUGAUGCAGGGGGCCCCCGGGGGCAAGAGGGGUUGA